GCGGCAACGACAUCCUCGAGGCGGCCAUCCGCGGUCACCUCGGGGGGGUCCGGCACCUGCUGCGGACGGUGCCCGGCGCCGUGGCCGCGACGGACGGCGGCGGCGACACCGCGCUGCACUGGGCGGCGACCGAAGGCUACGUGGAGAUCUGCCGGGUGCUGCUGGCGGCGGGGGCCGAGGUCGACGCCAGGAACAACCACAGUCGCACCCCGCUGCACUAUGCGGCGUACUGGGGCCAAGUGGAGGCGGUGAAGCUGCUCGUCGAGGCGAAAGCUUCGGUGACUGUGAAAGACAACGAAGGCAACACUCCGUUGGACGAUGCAAGAAACCAAGGCCACGACGAGAUUGUAACAAUGUUGGAGCACGCAGCCUGAAGCUACAAUGAAAAUUGGCAUUGAACGGCUCCGCAAUUGUGUGAUCUUCUGGAUUGAUGUUGAUGUUGGGCCUGUCAACCCUUCCAUGUUUCACACACGCAGAAUGGGUACCAAAAUGCACAAAACUGUGUAUGAACGCAAUGCGAAAA